AUGAACUGGCAGAUGAUCCUCUGCUUGGUCACCACCUGGGUCGUCGUCUACUUCUGCAUCUGGAAGGGCGUCAAGUCAACUGGGAAGGUGAUGCUGGCGGGGCGGUGCCACCAGCCGCUGGGGACAUCCCCAAGCCCUGGUUUCGCCAUCCCCUGCACCGUCCUCUACAAGCGCCUGCGCUGCAAAGGCUCCCUGCGCGAGGUGCUGCAUUUGCUGGGGCCAAAGACAGAAGCUGACCUGGAAAAGAAACCAAAGGCAAAGGCCCGGCCGGCCCCGGCAGAGAAGCAGAAGGCGGCUGUGGUGGAGAAUGGCGAGGUGGGCAUGGAGACGCGAUCGCUGCUGGAGCAGCUGCGGGGAGAAGCCCUCAAGUUCCACAAGCCGGGAGAGAACUACAAGACGGAGGGCUACGUGGUGACGCCCAACACCAUGGCUCUGCUGAAGCAGCACCUGGCAAUCACGGGUGGGCAGGUGAGGCCGCGUCCCCCAGCCCAGCGGUUCCCUGCGAGGUGCAUCUACCCCACGUAUGACUACACACACUGCCUCUGCGACUCCAUCGAGCACAUCACGCACUCCCUCUGCACCAAGGAGUUCCAGGCCAGGGCGCAGUCUCUCCUCCUCUUUGAGGACAUGCGAAAGGGCAAGUUUGGGGAGGGGGAGGCCACGCUGCGGAUGAAGCUGGUGAUGGAGGACGGGAAGAUGGACCCUGUCGCCUACCGUGUCAAGUUCACUCCGCACCACCGCACUGGGGACAAGUGGUGCAUCUACCCCACGUAUGACUACACACACUGCCUCUGCGACUCCAUCGAGCACAUCACGCACUCCCUCUGCACCAAGGAGUUCCAGGCCAGGCGCUCCUCCUACUUCUGGCUGUGCAACACGCUGGACGUCUACUGCCCUGUGCAGUGGGAGUACGGGCGCCUGAACCUGCUCUACACUGUCGUCUCCAAGAGGAAGAUCAUCCGGCUGGUGGAGACGGGGGCCGUGAGGGACUGGGAUGACCCACGGCUCUUCACGCUGACAGCCCUGCGCCGGCGAGGCUUCCCCCCCGAGGCCAUCAACAACUUCUGUGCCCGGGUCGGUGUGACGGUGGCCCAGGCGACGAUGGAGCCACAUCUGCUGGAGGCGUGUGCGCGGGAGGUGCUGAAUGAGCAGGCCCCCCGCGCCAUGGCUGUCCUGGAGCCCCUCAAGGUCACCAUCACCAACUUCCCUGCCCCGAAGGCACCCGACCGUGACUCCCAAACGUCAACAUGGGAGUUCAAACAGCCCUGGGUGCGCCGAUCCCUGGGAUGGCAGGAGUGGGAGGCGGACAAGAGCUACAAGCGUCUGGCCCCCCAGCAGCCGGUGGGGUUGCGUCACGCUGGCUACGUCAUCGCCGUCCAGAACGUUAUCAAGGAUGCCAGCGGGCGCGUGAUCGAGCUGGAGGUGACCUGCACCAAGUCGGACGUGGCGGAGAAGCCCAAAGCCUUCAUCCACUGGGUGUCGGAGCCGCUGGCAUGUGAAGUGCGGCUCUACGAGCGGCUGUUUUUGCACAAAAAUCCCGAGGACCCGUCGGAGGUGCCCGGUGGCUUUCUGAGUGACCUCAACCCUCUUGAUCUAGUAGUACUGAAUCACCUCUUCUAG